CAAACACAGAGAACAGAAAGAAAAAAACAGAGUGCAGUAACCAAGAACAAUGGCGAGCCUUUCAUUAUCGAAGAAUCUCAUCUUCAACCUCUCAAAGUCGUUUCCUCAAUCCCAAGUUUCACUCUCUCUCAGACCCUCUCUCAAAAUCUCCAGGGUCUGCUUCAUCUCCGCCUCCAAAUUCUCCGAGGGUCGAAAUGCGGCGGAGGAGAAUAGGGAUUCAAAUUCUCACCGGGCGUAUGCCGAUAAGGACUGGAGGGACAAGGAAAGAGGGUACGGCUCUGCUGACUUGAGCAAGCACGCGAAAGAAACCAUGGAAGAAGGACUAGAAAAAACCAAGCGGGAAGCAGAGGAGAUGAAAGAGAGAGCGAAGGAUUACGCCUACGAAGCUAAGGAGAAGACAAAGAGUGCGGCGGAAACCAUGGAGGAGGAGACCAAAGAGGGAACGUAUAAGGCUUCAGAGACAGUGGAGAGUGCCAAGGAGAAGGCAAAGGACUACGCUUAUGAUGCUAAGGAGAAGACGAAAGACAUGGCUGGAACUGUGGCGGAGAAGGCUAAGGAGGGGACUCACAAGGUGGCGAAGACUGCGGGGAGUGCUAAGGAGAAGGCCAAGGACACGGUUUAUGAGGCGACUGAGAAGGCGGAGGGUGUGGCGCAGACGGUGGCGGAUAAGGGGAAGGGAGGGACACAUAAGGCUGCGGAGACCGUGAAGGAUACAGUGAAGGGCGCUUGGGAGGCGACUAAGGAGACGGGGCAGGCAAUCAAGGAGGCAGUUGUGGGGGCCGAUGAGGAGGUGGCAGUGGUUGUGGAGGACACGUCAGAUGAUGAUGUGGUGGUUGAUCUUGUCGAAGGGAGUAUUUCGUCCGAUGAAGAUGUGGCGGUGACCGGAGGGAAGGUGAUGGAUGCGGAUGUCAUUGAGCGGAGGCGGGCUGCUGGGUAUAGGUCCGAUGAGGACCUGUCGGCGGAGUCGGAGCUUAGGCGGCGGACCGCCUAUAAGAAGGCCGGUGACAAGAAAGAUACCUGAUCAUGACAAGAUGAACAUGUUUUGCAACGUACUGUUUUGUGGCUAUUUGUGUUUUCAAUAGUUGUAAUUAAUUAAUAAAUCAAGGAUGUUCGUCAUGAGGUGGAAGCUUUGCUUUCCUACGUUCUUUUGAAUUUGUAUGUUGCGACACUGCUCAAGUUUUAUGGAAAAGAAAAUAUUUA